UAAAACGUAAGAAUUGCCGCUGGUUUCCCACUGGCAAGCACAUAUCUCUUCGCGCAUUUUUUCAAACGAACAAUAUUGCUAAUACUCCCAUUGUUUUAGCAUUCAGUUGCGUCGAAACGGUCGAUUCUUCGCGAGGUUUUUAUUAUUUUUUUUCUUCAUUUAGUUCCUUUUACGUGUUCGUUUUUAACCGAUAUCGUGAAGUGUUAUUGCCCAGUAUUUUUUAAUAUGGGACCCAAAAGGAGUUUUAUCACCUGACGGUCACGUCAAGACAUUCUUCGAAAAUGAAAGUGCUUCAUAUUUCUGUGAUAUUUUUUCUUGGAUACUUCUCUCACACGCAAAGUACCAUCAUAAUUGUCGAGGAUGCGAAAGCUUGUUUCAGGCGCGUUCUCGCAGGAAAACGGAUUUCGCGUGGAUUAGUCAGAAGAGCACUAACUUGCGAGACUGUAGAAGAAUGCCAAGCUGAAUGCGCAGAAGAGAAAUUAUUUAUUUGCGAAGGAUUCAAUUACAGAUUGGAUCCUUCGGGACGAGGAAAAGGAGAUUGCGAACUGUUGAACGUGCCUCUAUCGAGAAUCGACGUCUAUCGGGACAGUUAUCCCGAUCCCGAUUACGAUUAUUACGAAAGGGACCGAAAUGCAGCAGCUCUAAAUUGCAAACAGCGCCCAGGUUACACUAAUUAUGAUCGUUUUAACGGCGGGUAUAACGAUUACGACGAUUACAGACACGGAAUCAGGGAUAACAAACCGCAUCCUGCGAGGGAUCCUUGGGUUAACAGAAGGUACGACUAUAAUGGUCCUGAAAGACCGUUUGUUUCGGAUCGGUAUAUACCAUCAGAUCCGUGGAGAAAUGACUACUACAGGCCCCCAAGGCCUCAAGUAGACCGGAGAUACGAUAUCCAUUCAUACGAUUACAAUAACCGGCCGCCCGGUAAAAGAAGAGGAGAUUACUCAUACCUCCCUCAAAUCCAUCAUUUUUAUAACGAACGCGACAGAUUUGAAAAUCGAAGACAUUCAGCCGGUCCCGUCCCCUCAUUGCUUCCUCCUUAUGAUCAAAACCCGUUCGAUUCACAUCGCUCUGUCGAUUACCAUAGACACCCGAAAAAUCAGUACCAUUGGGGAACCGAUAAUCAACGGUACGGCGAAAAUUACGGUUUGAAUUCGAACUCGUAUUUGCCGCCCCGAAAAGACGCUCCCAACGAUUGGGGUCUUUACCAUAAAUACAAAAACAAUUUUAGCUACUGGGGUGUUAAUAGUUACGGGGCGGGCGGUUACUUACCCCCCGAUCCUGCUCUAAAGCCUCCUGAAAUCGACGAUCCCUCGGCAGGUCCUAAAAUUUUUGAAAGCGGGGUUGUUUUAGCUGUGCCUGAUAGUGCUGUUUUACCCGUUGAACACAGAAGGCCUGAUUACAUUCAUUUGCAAGACGAAUGUUCUUUAAGGAGCGUCGCGGGAUUUAAAUUGCAUAAGAGGAUAGUAAAAAAAUACUUCGCUGUUCCAAACAUUUACGAAUGCGAGAUGUUGUGUUUCAAAGAAACAGAUUUCCCGUGCGCUUCGUACGCCUUUCGAUACACCACAACUAUACCCGAACCUACGGAUAACUGCUAUCUAAGCAACGUAGAUUACAAGGAGCUCGAUCACUACACAGAUUUGGAGCCAGAUAGGGAUUUCGAUGUAUACACCAUGAACAACAGAAAUAGAUGUGUACCAUCAAUUGUUGAGAGAAAAGAAAGCAGUGAUUGUUUUUGGCGCGUCAGGAGCGGUGAGCGAUUGCACGAUAAAAUAGUGAGAGACUCAUUGCAAGCCAAUUCAAUAGUCGACUGCCAAGUAGAAUGCUUGAAAUCAAAGAAAUUCACUUGCAGAGCGUACAGUUACCGAUAUGGGCCUCACAUAGCGGGAGGAUUGAUAGAUAAUUGCCAACUAACCGAUUGGCCUUACUACGAAUUGGACCCCAGGAUUCAUUUUGUACUGGAACCAGGUUUCGAAAUUUACGAAAGGGGAAGUUUCGGGCACGGUUGCGAAUCCAGCCAUUUCGGAAUUAGGGGCCAUCACGAGCACAAAGCAGUCCUCGAUCCUGACCAACUUUGUUACAUCGGCUUUGGAUCUCCAGCUCGACUCUUGCCUCAAGCCAUCAAAAAGUCAGUUCGAGUAGCCUCAGAAAUUCAUUGUAAAGAAGAAUGCUCGAAAGCUAGACAGGAAACUCUCUUCCAGUGCAUGUCAUUUAGCUUCAGGAGCAGGAAUCCAGGAGUGGCGCCGAAUUGCGACCUUUCCGAUAUUUACCAAAGAGAUCUACUCCCCAAACUAGAUUACGUCUACGACCCGCAUUCGUUAUUAUUUGCUUGGGAUAAUUACAAUCCCGACUGCGUUUUACUAGGAGAUGAUCCUUUACGAACUAAUCAAAUAACCAGUGGACUAUAUGAUAGAGAUUAUUUACCUCAUGGAUUGGACACGUGGAGAGUCUACAGUGUCAGCGGUUGGCCCUGUAAAAGAGGAGCUCGAUGCCAGGAAAAUCGCGAGGCUGGGUUCUGGUUCUGCGAACUUGAGGGCGGAAUACACGGCUCUUGGGACUACUGCUGCAGACCGGACCACCAAUGUGGAGCAUCCAGCGGCUAUCCCUAUCUUUGGUGUUAUGUUGGGCCGGAGAGAACACAAUGGAGAAAAUGCAACGAUCGCUAUUAUCCGUAUCUGACGGAUAGAAAACACUUUGAAGCCAAUCCCGAGCGCAAGAAAUGGGAAAGACCCUUAUUCAGGCCGGACAGGGCUCCGGGUUAUCCCCCACAUCCAGCACCCUCUCCGAGUCUAGACGAGUACGAGAAGCUGUUCAAUGAACAAUUUUUGCAACCACCUGCGCCAUCAGGUGGAGUUGGGGAACCCAGACAUUGGCCAGUAUCGUACCUGCAUAAGGAAAUGCCACCGAAUGCAACAACAUCCAAAUCGGCGCGCCUCGAAAGCGACAACAAUAAAUACAGAGCUAUACAAAAUUUAAUAGACACCAUAAAAAAUAACGAUCUUAACAACAUACAGUAUCAUAUUACGAACGAAUCGGACAAGAAGGACGACGUUCUUCUCGUGAAAAUACCGCUGCCUACCAAUCUCACGAGAACCAAACAGACAUCAAACUCUUCGUUGAGUUUGGAACCAGUUGCCAUAGAAAAUGACGAAAGCUUCGACGCAAAACGACUGCAAAAAUCACUGCCUGAAUGGUACACCAAGAAGCCCACCACGGCAGCGCCGGAGACUGCGCCCAGUAUCAAAACUGACCGGGCUCCAGUUUACAGGAGAGCCUUCAUAACAAGGACAAAUGUUACCACGCAUGGGAGACGUUCCCGAUGAAAUAAUUACAACACGAUACCUGUGUUUAAGAAAACGUUAGACAUUCUGCCAUCGUUAUAAUAUACCGGUUUAACAUCACUUAUAAUCAGUUUUGCAGAGUUUUUUUUAGUCCUAGCUAUAGUGCUAGAGUGUUUACUUCCGAGUUCAUUUACAGGAUAUAAGGCACCAAUCCACGAGAUCUCAUAUAAAAUUACAAGUGUUUGUGUACUUAGGUAAAUUCACCAAUUUUUAAAUAAAUAUUUCUUUAUUCUA